AUGUCUGUGCUUCUUAGGAAGCCGGACCAGGGUAAGGUCUUCGACGCGACCUGCCGUCAUGGAGCGAGCAAUCGCUUCAUGCGGACGGGUCAGUACCUGCGCUUCGCAGACUGGCGUUUUAUCAACCGCGCGCGCCUCGACGUGCUUCUCUUAAAUGGAGCGCGUCGAUGGGGCGACGGUGAUAAACGAUGUCGGAAGUGCGGGUACCAGGCGGAGACCUUGCCCCACGUGUUAUGUCAUUGUGGCCCACACUCGGCCGCUCGGCAAUUGCGGUACAACGCCAUUGUUGAGAGGCUUGCCGCGGCCUCCAGGCUCCCUGAGGAGGUCAGGAUAAACCAGACCGUCGUCGUGAUAAACGUGACCGUAGCGUUCGAGAACAAACGCGAGGACAUAGAAAAAGCCAGAUGGGAAAAAAUCCAUAAGUAUCGGCCCCUCGCGAACGCGAUCGCGAAUUCCGGUCAUGUUGUUCACGUCGACGGCUUCGUCGUAGGUGCCCUGCGCGCCUGGCACUCAAACAACGAAAGCAUAUGCAAGCUGCUGCGCAUCUCGCCAGGAUAUGCAUCACUAAUGCGUAAGCUCAUGGUCUCGGAGACCAUCGCGUGGUCCCGAGACGUCUACGUAGAGCACGUCUCGGGAAUUAGACAAUACUGCGUGCAGGGGUCGACCGCACGGGAAGCGGCGCCCUCCACAAGCACGUCCGCGCGCGUAAACACCUCCGCGGCGAACGCUUUAAUCACCGGCUCCGAGACCAUAGCAGCGCAGCAG